CAGUGCCAGUACACAGCGGUGACAUUCCCAGGACACAGCGGUGACAUUCCCAGGACACAGCAGUGACAUUCCCAGGACACAGUGACAUUCCCAGGACACAGCAGUGACAUUCCCAGGACACAGCAGUGACAUUCCCAGGACACAGUGACAUUCCCAGGACACAGCGGUGACAUUCCCAGGACACAGCAGUGACAUUCCCAGGACACAGUGGUGACAUUCCCAGGACACAGCAGUGACAUUCCCAGCCCCAGCAGUGGCCGGUGGCCAUGCGCUGUGGGUGGCUGUGGCUGCUGCUGGCGCUGCUGGCCGGGCUCUGGGCACGGCCGGGCCGGGCCGGGCACUGCCAGGACGGGCGGCUCAGGCUGGGCUGGGGCGGCGGCACCAAGUGCUGCCCCCACUGCAGCUGGGAGCCAGGAAACCCCGAGCCCUGCGAGGCGGCGCCGGACCCCGACUGCAAAUGUCCCCAAGGCUACGGCUGCGCCGACGAGGCCUGCCAGUUCUGCCGGGAACUGCCGCGGUGUGAGCCGGGAUGGGAGCCCAGCAGGAUCGGAACAGUGAAUUUCCAGUUCGGGUGCGAGCCCUGCCGGAACGGGAGCUAUUCCAGCAGCAGGAACAGCUGGUGCCGCAACUGGACUGACUGUGAGAGCAGCGGGUUCGUCAUGCUCCGAGCAGGGAACAGCACCCACAACUCCGUGUGCAGCUUACCUGUCAGAGCCCUGGAGCCAGCUCGGAUUCCCCUGGAAUUCUCCUCUGGCUCUGUCCUGGCCGUCCUGGCGGCCGCGGCCGUGUUCGUGCUGGUCCUGCUCACAUUCCUGCUGCACUUCUGCAUCUGGAGCCUCCGCCGGGAUAAAACAUUCCCGCCCGGAGAUCCAGGACACAACUUCCCGCGGGCGCUGCCGCAGCUCCCGCUCCACGGGGAGGAAUCCCACAGCAUCCAAUUCCCAGAGGAGGAGCGCGGGGACAAAACGGCCGAGGAAAAGCUUUCCAUCCUCUCCCUGAAAAUCUACAGCGAGCUCAGCUAACGGAUCCCUCCCGGGAUCACCGGGAAUGCGGGGCCGAGCCAGGCUUCCCAAAAAAACAAAAAAGCGGGAAUGGGAUGGGGUGUGAAGCAUCGUUUCUCUGUAGGAAAAGGAGUGGAUUUAGGGCAAGUUUGGCUUUGUUUUUCCCAAAAAAAUGGGAAUUUAGGGAUAAAAUCCUGCUGAUUCAGGCUGGUGUUGAUUCAGGAGGAGAUCAGUGGGAUUUCCUGGGAUAUCCCGGAUUUCCAGGAUCGGGAAUAGUGGCCGCGUCUCCUGGUUUUCCCUCGGCUUUCCCGAUUCUUCAUUCCCAACCUCAUUCCAGCCUCUCCCAAUCCCAUUCCUGUUCCCACCCAAAGAUUCCCUCGGGAAGCUCCUGCUGUGCUGCCAGGGAUUUUCCUGUGCAGGUUCUUCCAAGGAAAAUUGGGAAAAGGGCGAGUGAAGCUCAUGCAGGGAAUGGUCAGAGCUCCAGAAAAAUGGAGGGAAUGGGAAAAAAAUCCUGGAAAACGCUCUCAAGUGGGAUUUUGGGAUUUCUGAUCCUUGUGGGACCCUUCCCACUUAGGAUAUUCCAUUAUUUUAUGAUGAAUUCCAGCAGAUUUUGAGAUGCCGACAUCUGUGUCGAAAAUUAUGAAUCAUUAUGGAUCAUUAGAGUUAAUUAGGGAUAAUCCAGAAUGAGUUUCUCAUGUCUUUGGUGGUUAUUCAGUGGAAAUCCAUGGAAAUUCCUGGGAUUUCAGGGGGUUUCAAUCCGUGCACAUGGAUUUAAAGCUCUCCUGGAUGAUCCUUGGAUUUUGGAUCAACUCCAGAGAGCCCGGCUGGGAAAUCUGGGAAUGUUCUCCUGGAGCAGGAUUGGGAUAAGGGAUGGAGGGACAGGACAAUGGGAACGGCUUCCCACUGGAAAGGGGCAGGGUUGGAUCGGAAAUCCGGGAGAAAUCCCACCCUGGGAGAUUCCAGAGGUUCCCGGGGAGUUCCAGCAGGUGCUGCUGUUUCCCUGGAUUUGGGGUUGGGAUCACAGCUGGGAAUUCCUGCAGGAACAGAGGCCCCAAAAGCUGGGCUGGGAAGUUUCAGGUUCCCUGGGAAAAUCUGGGAAAUUCCAAAGAAAAACUCGGGAAAUUCCAAAGGAAAACUCCUUUUAGCAAAACUUUUUUUGCUUUUGGGAUUUGGAUUUUCUUUGGCUUUCACCUCCAGCGUCAUUCCCAAAUUAUCCCGAGGAAGCUGAGCCUUCUCCCCUUUGGAUUUUUAUCCCAAUCCUGGAGAGGAUGGAGCCACCCUGGAAAACCUGGCCAAGGAAAAAAUCCCAUUUUUGGGGCUGGAAUUCAAAUUCCUCCCUCCAGGAGAAGAGGAUCCGGAUACAGGAAUGGGAACAAGAUCCCAACAAAAGCCCCAAAAUUCCAUCCAAACCCCGGCUUUGUUUUCCCCUUUUCCCAACCCUUUGGAAGCUGAGUGGCAGCAGAGGGAGCUCCUGGAAAAGCAAAUUCCAGAGGGAACAGCCAGAGAGGGGAGGGAAUUCAAGACUGACCAAUAUCUCCUGGAUAAUUCCCUGGAUUUGUGCUGGACUUUUCCCACAUUUCCUGGCUUUUCCCACAUUUCCUGCCCGUCCCCCACCUGCUCCGCUCUGCUCUGGAAUCGAGGAAUAAAGGAGAGGAAUUUGUGAA